AUGACCUGGAUUGGGGUCAGUAUCAAGUGGGCCUGCGAUGGCUCCCUGCCUGCAAGGCUGGCCAUUUGGGGACUGCUGCCUGAGGCCUUUAGCGCCAUCAGCGUGAGCGCGGUGGCGGCCCUGCUGCGGCUGAAGAGUGGCCCCACGCCCAUCAUCGCGCUCAAAGCCUCCAUCACCGACUCCAACGCCUCGGAGUUCGCCGAGGCGAUACGCGAGCACGGCAAGAAGGCUGAGCUGCAGGCCUUGGAGUUGCCCUUCAACCAGCAGAUGGGGGAGGAAGGCCUCAAGGACAUCGUAGAGGCUGUGGUCUCCACAAAGCUAUCGCUGGAUGAGCUGGAUCUCUCCUACAACCCACAGCUAGGUGCUGGCGCGCUCAGGGCCUCAAAGCCUCUGUGGUGCAAGAGCUUGACGGUGCUCAGGCUGGCAGACUGCGGACUUACGAAAGAAGCCCUGGCAAUCUUAGCGCCGGAGGCCCACAGACUGCGCUUGAACAUGCUGGACCUCUCGGGGAAUGGCCUCACCGGCUGCGGGGAGGUCAUCGCUGAGGUGCUGGAGGCUCCGGUGCUGGAGGAGCUGGCGGUGGCACACUGCAGCCUCUCCUUGGAGGAUCUGCAACAGGUUGCAGAGCAGUUGCCCUACACCAGCUUGAAGUCCCUCCAGUUGGCAGGCAACGACAUGAAGACUCCUGGACUGGAGGCCUUGGCGUCUGUGCUGCCGCGCUGCGCGCUGGACGUGCUGGGCCUGGAGCGGAACGGGCUCACGGCGACGGAUCUGCAGUGCCUGGGGGCUGCCUUCGCCAAGCGGCCCUUCUCGCGGAUGCGCCUGGCGGGGAACGACAUGUCCAACGAUGAGCUCAUGGCUUUCAUCAAGACCUUGCGCUCGAUGCAAGCCUAA